CACUUGACAGCUCCAAUGUCAAAAAUAGUUUUUGUAGAAAAUAGAUUUUAGAGUUUAUUUUCCCAACCAGAAAAUUUGUAAAAUAAAAUUUUAAAAAAUUAUAUUUUUCUAAAACCAAAUAAUGAAAUAGAUUGAGCCAACUGAAUAACGAACAAAAACCAAUCCGAAAAUUAAUUGUGGUGACGCAGGCAUAAUGAUCAAAUCCUCGCAGGAGCAAGGCUUUCGUUUGCGACCCAACGAAACAACCAUUGCCGCAGUAGACACCUUGAAAACGUCUUUUCUGCCCAACCUCAGCAUAGACGCGCACUUCUGUCCUAUGUGCGGCCAGAGCUUCCCACGGCAGAAUAUACUCACCGAGCACAUGCACGCCUGUCACCCCUCUGAGAUGCUCUUCGCCGCCAGCAACCUCAACCGCAUCGAGUAUCCGUGCCUCAGCUGUGAUGAAAAAUUCUCUUCCGGAACCGAGCUCGAUGAGCACAAUCGCGUCGCCCACCAGGCGUUCCGCUUCACCCGGUGCGUGUCGUGCGGCCUCUAUGGCAUCACCACCAUCGACGGCGACUACAAGUGCGUCCAUUGCGGCAAUACGUGCGGCGUAUCCCCCGCCAGUACGAUGGCUGCUGUCGGCCAACCCAUCUAUCUGGAGCAGCCCCAGCCGCCAAUGCAGAACAAUUAUCCACCAAUGGGGGAGGACGAUGAGGAUGGCGACGUCGACAUUAUGCCGAAAGUGCCUCCCCUAACGAUACGACUGCCCAAGAUCAAAGAGGAAGCAGCCGACGCCAAAGAGGAGGCAUCAUCAGUGAUUCAGGAGAAUCCGUCACCCUAUCAUCAUCUUCCGCUUUCGCUCCCGCCUCAGCCUCGGAGGGAAGAGAACGAUGUGAAGCCACCGCCGCCGGUGUCGGGGACAGGGCCACAUCCACCUCCUCCUCCACUCAACGCCAACGCCAAUACUAACAACAAGAUUCGACACAAAUGCCCAGAGUGUCCGCGUACGUUCAAGACCCAAGGCACCCUGGCCAUGCACCGCAAGAUCCACAGUGGAGAAGCAGAUUACACGCCAAAAGAACGACCCUACUCGUGUUCGUACUGCGGCAAGUGCUUUACACAGUCGAACACGCUUAAACAGCACACUAGAAUACAUACAGGUGAGAAACCAUUUAGAUGUGGAUAUUGUGGCAGGGCGUUCACUGUAAAGGACUACCUGAACAAACAUAUCACAACUCACACGGGGGAGAAGCCUUUUCGAUGUGUCUAUUGCAACAAGGCAUUCAGCGUCAAAGAUUACCUCACCAAACAUAUUCGCACCCAUACGGGAGAGAAGCCAUACGCCUGCCCUUACUGCGACAAGCGCUUCACCCAACGGAGUGCCCUCACCGUACACACGACCAAACUGCAUCCUAUAUAAUAUAUGAAUUAUAUAGACAACUUUACUCCCUCAAAAGAAUCAUGUUUUACCCUUCAAUUAUGUUUUUUCUUAAUAUAAAAUACCUAUACUACAAUUAAAAACAAAACAAAAACAAAAACCUCCAAAAGACUGUCCAGUAGUUUGAGGGGGGGUAGAUUCCCAUUAACAAAACAACCACACACUUAAAUUGCACGCAACCCAAGUGGGGGAGAUCUUUGUACAGUUAAACAAAAAAAGAAA